AUGAGAACAAAGCCUUCGUUCGCGUGCAAUGCGGGUGGUCGGAUUUUAGUUCAUGAGAAAGUUGUGAAUCCGUUGUUUGAGAAGAGCCCGAAGCAGUUUGGAAUCGGUGGAGCGUUGCCGCCGAAGAAGGAUGUGCAUAGGUUUGUUAGAUGGCCACAAGUUGUCAAGAUUCAGAGGAAGAGGAGGAUUUUGAAACAGAGGUUGAAGGUUCCACCGGCUUUGAAUCAGUUUACUAAGACGCUUGAUAAGAAUCUAGGACCAUGCCAUGAUUGCAAACUUUCGGUUUUGUUUCAAGUUAACAAGUAUUACGAUCUUGUCACAAGCUUCUAUGAGUAUGGUUGGGGAGAAUCAUUCCAUUUUGCCCCAAGAUGGAAAGGGGAAUCACUUCGUGAGAGCAUUAAGCGACAUGAACAUUUUCUUGCGUUACAGCUAGGCUUGAAGCCUGGACAUAAGGUGUUGGAUGUUGGAUGUGGAAUUGGUGGACUACUUAGGAAGAUUUCUCGAUUUAGCUCUACAUCUGUAAUGGGCAUAAACAAUAAUGAAUAUCGGAUUACAAAAGGAAAGAUGAAAAAAUCGAUUUGGCUAAUUCUCCAAUUCAGAUGGAGAAACAAGUAUAAGUGCAGAUUGCUCAUGGAGAUAAGUUAUGCGCCUCAAGCAGUGUAUCUGGAUCUUCUUAUAGUGAUUCUGGCAGCGGCACUUCGUCUGAUUUUUAUUCGUGUAUUUAUUCACGAGUUCAUAUGCCUUACAGGAAAAACAAUAAUAUAAGGAACACAUGAGGAGGAGAACAUGGAGUUUUUCUGCAAUUAAGAGGGUUUUCACAUCCAAUUCCAAAGACAAACCACCAAAUGUAAGUAAAAGAUUCAAAUUUAUGGUUUUCACUUGUGGGUAUUGCAACUUUGUCAAACUAUUGGUUUUUGAUUAAAUAGUGUAAGGUAAAUUGAGGAUACGAGAAUUUGACUAAUGAUAUUGGGCUUAUAUUUCA